AUGAAGCUGACCCUGCUGCUGAUCGUUUGCUGUUGCCUUUUCGGGUUGGCCUUUGGCAAUCCGAUUGUGGUGACCAAGUCACCAUUUAUUCGCAGUCGCUAUAGCCUGCGCUGGCGAAAGACCACCACUGCGGUUCCUGAGGCAACUACUGGAUUGGCCAUCAAUGCAGUUAGCACCACCGAGCAUCCCAAGUUGGCCACCUCAACUGCCAAUGUGGACUACGAUUAUUAUGGCAACGGGGAGGCCGACAAUGUGGUGCACAAGUAAUGGUGAAACCAUUAAAAAGCGAAAUUAUUAAACAAUUAUAAAUAUAUUUUUAAAAAACUUGCCGUACUUUACUGAGAGAAUGCAGCCA